GAAACAAAUGAAGUACAUUUUGGUAACAGGCGGUGUCAUCUCAGGGAUUGGAAAAGGAAUCAUUGCCAGCAGCGUUGGGACGAUCCUCAAAUCAUGUGGAUUACACGUCACUUCCAUUAAAAUUGACCCGUACAUUAACAUUGAUGCAGGCACCUUCUCUCCUUAUGAACACGGUGAGGUCUUUGUGUUGGAUGAUGGAGGAGAAGUGGAUUUGGAUCUGGGGAACUACGAACGGUUUCUUGAUAUCCGGCUCACAAAGGACAAUAAUCUGACCACUGGGAAAAUAUACCAAUAUGUCAUCAACAAGGAAAGGAAGGGAGACUACUUGGGUAAAACAGUGCAAGAUACGAUCGCUUAUUGGAGACCUGUUCUAUUGCCCUGGUUGGCAAAUAUACAAAGUUUUCAGAUUCAUAUGCCUCUGUCAUUAAAGCCUUGGAACAUUCUGCUCUAGCAAUCAAUCACAAACUCGAGAUAAGGUAUAUUGAUUCUGCUAAUUUGGAACCGGUUACAUUACAAGAAGAACCAGUUCGAUAUCACGAAGCCUGGCAGAAGCUUUGCAGUGCUGACGGAGUCUUGGUUCCAGGUGGUUUUGGUGUUCGAGGCACGGAAGGAAAAAUCCAAGCCAUUUCUUGGGCAAGAAAGCAGAAGAAACCUUUCCUAGGAGUCUGUCUGGGAAUGCAGUUAGCUGUUGUGGAGUUUGCCCGCAACAUCCUUGGCUGGCAAGAUGCCAACUCUACCGAAUUUGACCCCAAAACUACACACCCAGUAGUAAUUGACAUGCCGGAACACAAUCCAGGUCAAAUGGGUGGAACCAUGAGGCUGGGCAAGAGGAGAACUAUCUUCCAAACCAAGAACUCAGUCAUGAGAAAACUGUAUGGAGAUGGUGAUUACUUAGAAGAAAGGCACAGACACAGAUUUGAGGUAAACCCGGAGCUGAAAAACGCAUUCGAAGAGAAAGGUAUGAAGUUUGUAGGCCAGGAUGUAGAAGGAGAGCGAAUGGAAGUGGUUGAAUUGGAAG